AUCAACGCUCAACAGUCAACACAACAAACCGUCAAAGCAAAAAAAGGAAAAAAAGCAAAUAAAAGGCAACCUUCGUAAACUGUUUCAAGCCUCUACACAAACUUAUUAAUCGAAUUUAUACAAAUGGCUUCCCCUCUUAAAUACUUUAAACCCAUGCAAUUGUUGAGGCAAGGUUGGAAUGAGAUCCCAGACAUUGUUGCCGGAACAGCGUUGGCAAUUGGCAGUGUGAUCGGGACAUUCGCAAUCUAUCAAUACAAAGAUGCAAAAGGCAGAUUUGAUCACAAAAGAUACAGAUUGGAAUACACAGUGGUUCGUCCAGAUGAUCCUCUUGCCGCUCAAUCACCUCAACGAUUUGACUAUGAUGCUGCGUUUGGUAAAAAGUAAUUUUAUUGUUUUGUGUUAUUUAUAAUUUAAUUAGUUGAAAAUAUAAGUUGUUGCUAAA